AUGUUCUACUCUACAACAGAGUCCUGGGGCCCUUCUCUGAACCAGGCUAAGAUCGAACCCGUCAAAAUGGCAUCGACCGGUCUCGAAGACGCAAUGAGAGGUCUUCGUUUUUCCAAACCUGCGCCGAGACCGAAUAUUCCGCAAUCUGGGAGUUACUAUAAAGGCGGCGGCCGUUAUAAGAAUAAAGGCGAAGCUCGCAACGCACGAAAUGUAUCUACUCAAACAGUUGAUAUCCAAACCAAUCUCCUCUCCCUUUCGAACGAGUCAGAGCUCCUGCGCAGAAUCCUCCGCGGCAGCAUCCUCGUUCGAGACAGCCAAACCAUCAGUCAAAUCCAAAUGGCGCCCCUCGGAGACGUUGCCGACUUCCCAAUAACAAUCCUCCGCGACAGCCACGGCCAUCAAUGUAAACCUAGGACUACCAUCGCUCGUCGGCGGAGACGUCGCACCCCGUUCGAGCCCCGGGAUGGUGACAUUGAAAUGAUUGACGCACCACCUACUUCUCUUUCAAAUCCAAUUGACACGGACGUCAUCAUGAAGGAUGCCCCUCGUCUACGUACACGUUCAUAUACCCGCAAGAAUAAGGGUUUCAAUAUGUCCUGGGGAGCCGUAGCACUGCAGAGUCAGACUACCGCAUUCAUCCAACCUGCCAACUUUGGCAGUCAGAGCAUCGAAGACGUCGAAAUGACGGAUGCUCCCCCUCUGUGA